GAUAGUUAAAGGAAAAUCUUUUAAUCGGCCAUCCUCUUGAGUUGUGUUCGUUCUGGUUUACGAUCCUUCACCCCUUCUACCUCUCUACCUUUCUCUCUGUGUUUCCAUGGCACCAGUGGCUUGAACAGCUUUCAACCCUUUCUCUCCCUCUCUUUUUCGAUAGUAGAAACACCACGUAUAAUUGCAGCGAAGGGAAUCUUUUUCUCGCGUCUUCCCUUCUUCUGCGUGCGUGUCGAUUUCUAAUCCUAAUUUUAUCAACUCAAAAUGUUCUUCUUGGAAUGAUGGCACAUUUCCCUGUUGGUGGGCUUGAUCAAUUACAAGUAAAAUCUGAGAACGAAUUACCUCUUGAAACCGCAUGGUCAGAUGAGCACGAAUGUCUUCCGCUGAAGCAACGUUUGAAAAUCCUACGAUCCAAGUCCGUAUCCAAUUGCCCAGAGGAAACAUUGAUUUCAGCUGUAUCUCCAAUUGAUGAUGUUGUCAUGGAGGAAGAUGAUCUCUGUGACUCUCAGGUCUUUCAUUUUGAUCAUGGAGGGAGCAAAGGAAGGUCCAAGAUUGCCUCAUGUGAACAAAGCCAACAUGGUGCAGUUCAUGCCAUUGAGUGUUCUCCCCUUCGAGACAGAAUGCUGCCAGAAAGACUAGAGAUAGAGUAUAAUGAUGCUCAAUACGACUCUGUAACUCAAUUGCCUAACUGCCAACACAUUCCUAGUGCUCAUGAUAUUGAAAUUUCUGAGGACUUCCUUGAGGAUCUUGAUGAUAUUGUGCUGAAAGAACGGCAGAGGAUGCUGCUGUCAAGGGAGCUGGUGGGAUCUAUUGAACAGGCCAUGGAGCAUAACUUAUCAGACACGUCUAUAAAUUCCGUUGACAUGAUUUCACAAGAUGCUGGGAUAGGAAGUGGAGGAAACAGUAUUUGUGACAUAGGAGGAAAUGACACCUUUGAAAAAUCUGAUGGAAGUAUUUAUGCUUCUUGUGAGGCUUUGGAAUCUCGUUCUUCAAAUUGUACUACUGUUGGUGCUCCUGCAAGGAGAUAUCAGCAUCAAGGAACUAGAGUAUCUGAAUCUCAGAAGUACAAGCAUGUUUAUGGAGAAGCCAGGCCAUACUUUUCUGAUAGAAAUGCUAUUAAUGAACAGUGUUUGUUGUCAAGUUCCUGUAAGACUGUUUGCACAUUAGCUUUACCACCUUUUCCAAAUGUUAAAGUUGAACAAUUAGAUGAUGAGUUAAAAAUAUCAGACAAAGAUACUCUAAAUAGCCAGUCCUUGGGUAACAAAAUCUCUGAAAAUAGCCAACAUGUAAACACUGCUGAAAUUUUUGAAGAUAUAAUAGAUCACAUGAUGCUUGGAGAUAGGAUGAGAUUGCUGGCAUCAAGAAAAAUUCCCAAGACUACACUGUAUGAGAAUUUUGGGAACUCGAGUACGUUUGAGUCUUCCAGCAUUGGCCAUAAGCCUAUUUUAUCAGAGUCCUCAAUUCCACUCAUGAAGAAACGGCCACAUAAAAGGAGGAAAACUGUCACGGACUCAGUUGAAACAGCAUUGGAGGAAGAUGCACCUGGACUCUUACAGGUGCUAAUUGAGAAAGGGGUUCUAGUGGAUGAAAUUAAACUUUAUGGAGAAACUGAGGGCGAUGAAGUAGUGGAUGAAACACUGAUUGAAGAGAGUUUUUCCGAGCUUGAAGAUGUGAUAGCAAAGAUUUUCUCCCAACGGCAGUCAUUUUUUAAACUUGCUCCAAUAAGGUGUGCGAAAGGUGAAAAGGCUAGUUAUUGCUUGGCUUGCCUUAUUUCACUUGUAGAGCAGGCACGAUAUCUACGCGUUCGGAAGUGGCCAGUUGAAUGGGGUUGGUGUCGGGACCUCCAGUCCUUCAUUUUUGUUUUUGAGAGACAGAACAGAAUAGUGUUGGAGCGUCCUGAAUACGGAUAUGCAACUUACUUCUUUGAAUUGGUAGAUACAUUACCUGUUCGUUGGCAGAUCAAACGAUUGGUGACAGCAAUGAAGCUUACUAGUUGUAGCAGGAUUACUCUGAUUGAGAAUAGAGCAUUGACGGUUGGGGAUGAUAUGACAGAAGGAAGCAUGAGAGCGACACCUCGGAAUGGAGGUCGAAAAUUGGGAAAUUACUUACUGAUGGUUACAAUGGUGGAACAAUUGUCCCAAAUGAUAUUCCAAAGAAAGUUAUGGAAUCUGGUAUCAGUCACACCUCUCAAGUCAAGUUAGAGCAGUAGCUAGCUAAAGGUUAGUAAAAACCGGAAAAUUUUCUUUUUUUUCUUUUUCGAAGUGGUUGACCCCCCCUUCAUUACUAGCACUGAGUUUUGAACCUACAACAAUUGGCUCAAAGGACCCCAUUUGUACCAAUUCGACCAAAGCUCACACAGGUUCACUAAUGGUUGGUUCUACGAUGGUAUACUUGCAAAAAUGAAUUUCUUUUGAGGAGAAACAAGUUGUAGAAUUUGCAUGCGGAUCAUGUGGUGCAUAAUUGAGUUAGUAUGUCUAGCAUAAUCUUUCUCCAAGCGUAGUACAGUUGGUUCCAGGACAGUAUACUGGUUUCGUGCUAAUGAAAUGGUAGGUAAAAGUCAAUUGAUGUUAUUUCCAUUUUCUAAGGAGCACAACUCUUGACAACUACAAUUGAAGCUGACUUUGAGGAUAUAGUUGAUGCAACUAUUGAAUUUUUGUUUGUGCUUUAA